AUGAGUGGAGGAGGGGAGCAGCCUGACAUCCUCAGUGUGGGAAUCUUGGUCAAAGAAAGAUGGAAGGUGUUGAGGAAAAUAGGAGGCGGAGGAUUUGGAGAAAUUUACGAUGCAGUGGAUUUGCUUACUCGGGAAAAUGUUGCACUGAAGGUCGAAUCAGCUCAGCAGCCAAAGCAAGUGCUGAAAAUGGAAGUAGCUGUGUUGAAGAAAUUACAAGGAAAAGAUCAUGUCUGUAGAUUCAUCGGUUGUGGAAGGAAUGACAGAUUUAACUAUGUCGUCAUGCAGUUGCAGGGUCGGAACUUGGCUGACCUGCGUCGGAGCCAGUCUCGAGGAACAUUCACCAUUAGCACCACUCUGCGGCUUGGGAAGCAGAUUUUGGAAUCUAUUGAAAGCAUUCAUUCUGUGGGAUUCCUGCACAGGGACAUAAAACCGUCUAACUUCGCAAUGGGACGUUUUCCUAGCACCUGUAGGAAGUGUUUUAUGCUGGAUUUUGGCUUGGCACGGCAGUUUACCAACUCAUGUGGGGAUGUCAGACCACCACGAGCUGUUGCUGGGUUUCGAGGAACAGUACGAUAUGCAUCAAUCAAUGCUCAUCGAAACAGGGAAAUGGGUAGGCACGAUGACCUUUGGUCCCUGUUCUACAUGUUGGUGGAAUUUGUGGUUGGACAACUGCCUUGGAGAAAAAUAAAAGAUAAGGAGCAGGUGGGCUCCAUUAAGGAAAGGUACGAGCACAGACUUAUGUUGAAACAUCUUCCUCAAGAAUUUAACGUCUUUCUGGAACACAUUUCUAAUUUAGAUUACUUUACAAAGCCUGACUACCAGCUUCUCAUGUCAGUGUUUGACAACAGCAUGAAAACAUUUGGGGUUAUUGAAAGUGACCCUUUUGACUGGGAGAAAAGUGGAACUGAUGGCUCUCUGACAACGACAACAACUUCAACCACACCCCAGUUACACACUCGUCUUACUCCAGCUGCAAUUGGCAUUGCCAAUGCCACACCUAUCCCAGGAGAUUUGCUGCGUGAAAACACAGAUGAAGUGUUCCCUGAUGAACAGCUCAGUGAUGGAGAGAAUGGUAUUCCAGUUGGAGUCUCACCAGAGAAACUUCCUGGAUCUCCUGGACACCAGCGUCCUCAGGAAAAAGACGUUUGGGAAGAAAUGGAUGCAAAUCGGAACAAGAUAAAACAAGGGAUCUGUAAGGCUGCCACAGAGGAAGAGAACAGCCAUGGGCCAGUGAAUGGAAUGCUUAAUGCACCCAGUCUUGGUUCUCCAAUCCGCGUUCGCUCCGAGACCACACAGCUAGACCGAGAUGCUCCACUGGUGCGAAAGCUGCGUUCAAUUCACAGCUUUGAGCUGGAGAAACGUCUCACGUUGGAGUCAAAGCCUGACACGGAUAAAUUUCUGGAGACCUGCUUGGAGAAGAUGAAGAAAGACCUGAAUGCUGUGGCAGAGACUCCUGUUGCUGCUGCUCCUCCUCAUUCUCAGAAAACACCCAUUCCUGCCCGCGUCGACCAUGUUUGGCACUAUGAUGAAGAAUAUCUUCCGGAUGCUUCAAAGCCUGUGUCAGAUAGUUCUCCGGAACAUGUUGAUGGUGUUAUUAGCAAUGGAUUUGUAGCUGUCAACUUAAGCUCCUGCAGGCAGGAGGUUGAUUCUAAGGAAUGGGUGAUAAUAGAUAAGGAACAGGACUUGCAAGACUUCAGGACAAAUGAGGCGUUAGGGCACAAAAUGACUGGAAGUCCCUCAGAUGAAGAGCCAGAAGUACUACAAGUUCUAGAGGCGUCCACUCCAGAAGAGCAGCCCAGACAGGAUGGUUGGGCAGGAAACAAUGUCCAUGCCAAGAACCAAACCUCAAGGGCAGAGUUUGUUCUGGCCAUGGAGUGUCAUCCUGCUGUUUCUGAACAGCUUACAGAUAAGUUGGAGCUUCUGUCUGGAGCUGCUGGACAGCUUCUUGCAGCCACCCCUACAAGUCCUAUGGAAGCUCAAGCGGAAGGAGCACUCACUCCGGUAACAAUACCCAGACCUUCAGUGGCAUCCACACAGUCUGCUUCAGAGAGCUUUCAUUAUGGCCACCAGCUAGAGAAAAGAGAACAAGAUGCUCAUUCUGUGGAACACACUGUGGAACUUUCCUCACCAAAGGAAAGUUUGCCAGGUUUGGUUGUGACAGAUGACAUGUGUCCAGCUAGUGCCAGCAGACCAGAUUUGGUACUUAAUAGCAGCCAAGAGGUGCUCGACAGGGAAGGACUCGUCAAAGAAUGUGUCAACAUCCUGGAUUGUGGCCAAAAGGACCUACCUGAACAAUAUAGUGAGAUACAGGAAGAGAAAGAACUUGAAAAUAUUCCUGUAGAGGAGGCUGAGGAAGAAAGGCUUCCAGUGGUUUCUGAGGAUGCCAUUGAAAUGUUAAGCAAAGAACAGAAUUCUUCUUUGCCAGGAAACUCAAAAUCUGCAGAGGAAGAACCUCUAACAAAUACUGAAGCUGCUGAAGAAUCAAAGCCAAGGCCUGCUUCUUUGGGGCCAAAUAAAGAUGAGGUUCUGAAGUUGAUAGCACCUAAAACAUCAGAAUUUUCUCCCUCACAACUUACCAACUCUCAUGUUAAUAGGCAGGCAAGCAAAAUAGCACCACUUCAGGAAAAUGGUUUUCAUUCUAAUAAAGAAGAAGUCCAUAUCCAAGACUUGAAAUGCCACCAAGUGGCCCUUACUACUUUUUUGCACCAGGAGGACAAAAAAGAGAAAAAUACACCCAGAAAUGGAGAGUUAUUCCACUGCAUUUCAGAAAACGAGAAUUCUCAUCGAUCUAGGAGGGACUUAGUUAAAUCUCCUUUUGUAUUCAGGCAGAGCCGAAUCCCAAUUUUAGCACAAGAGAUAGACUCCACAUCAGAGUCCUAUUCUCCUGUUUCAGCAAAGGAAAAGCUUCUUCUAAAAAAGGCUCAUCAGACAGACUUGGUCAGACUACUUAUGGAAAAAAAACAACUCAAGUCUUUGCUUGGUGACCUCUCAAGUGCCUCUGAUAAGUCGUUGGAAGAAAAAGUGGCUGCUGCUACAGUACCAUUUUCUGAGGAUGAUGUCUUAUCCUCAAUUUCUAGACUGACACUGGACUCUCAUUUCAGCAAGCAGACAGAAGAUAGCUCUUUAUCUCCUAGCAGCCCUCAGACCAGAAAAAGCAAAAUUCCAAGGCCAGUAUCCUGGGCAACUACUGAUCAAGUCACCAAUUCAAGUUCAGCUCAGUUCUUUCCACGGCCACCACCUGGAAAACCACCCACUAGACCUGGGGUAGAAGCUAGGUUACGCAGAUACAGAGUCCUAGGGAGUAGCAGCUCAGACUCAGAUCUUAUCUCUCGCCUGGCUCAAAUCCUACAGAAUGGAUCUCAAAGACCAAGGAGUUCUACCCAGUGUAAGAGUCCAGGAUCUCCACAUAGUCCAAAAACACCACCCAAAAGCCCUGUCAUCCCCAGACGCAGUCCCAGUGCCUCCCCUAGGAGCUCUUCUUUACCCCGUACUGCCAGUUCUUCUCCGUCCCGGGCUGGAAGAACCCAUCAUGAUCAGAGGAGUUCAUCUCCACAUCUUGGGAGGAGUAAAUCACCUCCUAGCCAUUCAGGCUCCUCAUCAUCUAGGAGAUCCUGCCAACAAGAGCACUGCUGCAACAAACCAAGCAAGAAUGGUCCAAAAGGAUCUAGCAGUUCCUUCCACCAUUCCUCAAACACUAAGACUUCCACGGGAAAGAACAAAUCAACCACUAAGCUUAGCAGAUAG